AUGGGAGAGGAAUCACACUCACAGAAGAUUGUGUUUGAUGGAGAAGCCGCAUCGUCGCUGGUGAAGAAACUGAGGGUGAGUUUCAGUUCCGGUAAGACGCGAAGUUAUGAAUGGAGAAUAUCACAGGUGAAGGCUCUUUUGAAAAUGAUGGCAGAACAAGAGGAUCAAAUCAUUGAUGCUCUUCGUUACGACCUUGCUAAACCGCCACUGGAAACCGUCCUCUAUGAGAUUGUUAUGCUUAAAAACUCAUGUGAACUCAUGUUGAAAGAAUUGAAACAAUGGAUGACACCAGAAAAGGCUAAAACUUCAAUCACAACUUUUCCGUCUUCGGCUGAAAUCAUACCUAAACCGCUUGGUGUUGUGUUAGUCAUCUCCCCAUGGAACUAUCCGUUUUUGUUGUCCCUUGAUCCAGUCGUCGGAGCUAUAGCAGCGGGUAAUGUUCUGGUUUUAAAACCAUCAGAAAUUGCUCUGGCUUCAUCUUCACUGCUAGCGAAAUUGUUAGGGGAGUACUUGGAUAACUCUUCUAUAAGAGUUGUGGAAGGGGCAGUGGAUGAAACUACUGCAUUGCUGCAACAAAAGUGGGACACAAUUUUCUAUACAGGAAAUGGAAAAGUGGGACGGAUAGUGAUGGCUGCAGCUGCAAAACACCUUACACCAGUUGUUCUGGAGCUCGGAGGAAAAUCUCCAACUGUUGUUGAUUCAAAUGUCAAUUUAGAGGUUGUUGCAAGACGGAUAAUUUCUGGCAAAUAG